GCUCGUUUCCCUGCUUUGCAAGUAUUCAGAAAUGCGUGGGGCUCUUCUGCUUGUUUUAAAUCUCAGUAAAAGAACAUUUGUGGACUGAGUGCACGCAGGUUGAAUCGUACAUCAGCUCACAAUGUGAAAAUCAUUCUCAUUUGAUGGAGGUCAGUAUGAACACACGCCUCGUAAAGAAGUUCGCAAAUGAACUGGAUAACCUCUGCAUCUCAGAUUACAAUGGUCUCAACAGUCCAGGCCUCACCUGCUACCUGAACAGCGUGCUGCAGGUGCUUUUCAUGACCCAAGGCUUCCGGUACGAAGUGAAAAGAAGCUGCAGCAAGGACAUAAAAGAGACCAUCGACUCUCAUCUGGCAGAGCUGUUCAGCGCUUUGGAAAAGGAGGUCACCAAAACACGCGCUGUGGUGAAAAUGCUGGGCAUCACUGAUGUUUACGAGCAACGAGAUGCUGCCGAGUAUUUUGAGAAGAUCUUGUCUCAGGCCAGUCCACAGGCUUCCCAGAUAUUCCAAGGAGAACUGAAACAUAAUAUCAGAUGCCUCGCAUGCGAUAAGGAGAGCUCCUCCGACAGCUUCUUUUGGAUUUUGCCUAUUUCAAUGGUCGAUUCAAAGCAUAAAACCUACAGUGUGGAGGAGGGACUGAAUGCUUUCUUCAAAGCGCAAACGUUCUCCAGCGACAACCAGCUGUACUGCAGCGGGUGCCAGAAAAAACAAGAUGCAAACAUUACAUGUGAAGUAGCAAAAGCUCCAGGCGUUUUCACGCUGCUGCUAAAGAGAUUCUCGUUUGAUGACAAGCAGAGGCGUUACACCAAGCUUCUCUGCACGGCUGUCGUGCCCAAGACUUUAUCCGUGAAGGAAUGCACGUAUGACCUGUACGCGGUGGUCAAUCACCACGGCUCUUUGACUGGAGGUCACUACACCGCAGACAUCAGGUCUUUUGAAACGGGCCAGUGGUACUGCUUCAACGACGACAUCGUCAGCAGUCUGAAAUCUCAGCCUUUUGGAGGAGAGGAUUCUCUCAGCGUUAACACGGCCUCUUUUCCACACAGAUCUGCGACUGCUUACCUCCUGGUUUACAGGCAGGUGAACAAACAGCCUGAAGAGACCGGCGGGACUCAUCUGGAGGCUCGACGCACACAGUCUGAUGGAAAAAGACCCAAUGGGACCAAACGGUCAGAAUCCCCAAAACCCUUUAACGGGGGAAUCAGCUGUGACUCUCCAGUUAAUCAUGAGCCAGUCGACAUGUUUGAUCAAAGUUUACCUGUCUUGAGAGAAGUGCCCAAUGGAAAAUGUUUCAAAUCGAACACAAUGAAGAAAGAAGUGCGAAGCUGCACGUGGGAGGAAACACUGUCUCAGUCGAUGAAGACAAAUUUCCCCACGGGGACGAAUAAAUUAAAUCUGAACUCUGAAUCUGAACACAGACUGGGACGAAAGGACACACGAGUCCUCGGCGGAGAAACAGCAAAACGUGUGAAAGCAGGCGUAAAAAAAACGUUCAGGUGACGACAGAAGAAGAAUUAAACCAGGAAAGAAGUCAAAAAACUCACUGUCAUUCCAUUACUGAGAGUAUGUUUUUUAUAUAUCUGUGUUUUUGUUAAAUGAGGUCAGGGAGUGCUCGUUGUGUUUUUGCACUCGUUCACUCGUUCAUGUUUUCCCUCACCUACUGAUCAUUGGAGUAUCAAGUUUGCCAGGUUGUAACACUAAUGAUCAAUGUUUCUUUACAUUUACAUGAGAACAUUGUUAUGUGCCGGUACCUUUAGGCGAACGUUCAAAUGUUCAGUGUUCAAUAUUAUUUUGUCUUGUGCAAACCUUGUAAGUGUGAACUGUGAAUAUAAAGGGACGUACGAAUAUUCGAUUUCCAUAUGUUGUAAAAAGGUACACAGUUUUCAAAGUGAUAAUUCAUUUGUUGCUGACUGAAUUUUAACUUAUCAAUAAACCAGC